GUUUGCCAAUUCGCAGCAUUUUUACCGUGUUGAAUCGAAUAUAGCCAAAGUUGCUACCACCAGAAGUGUUUGUAAUCUUGCAAUUCAUUACGGAACAGGAAGGAAACGGAAAGCAUAUUUAUUUCCCUUGCGUCAGUGCACCCAAGUUUGCCUGCCUGUAGGCUGUGUAUGCUGAGGUACUUAGAAGAGUCAUUGUGAUUGUUUAGUUUUCCUUGUAAAUGUGAGUUGAUUUUUUAUUUUGUGACUCACUUACACUUGAAGCCCAGAAUCGCAUCAUGGCUCGCCGGCGAUGUUUGUGUUGUCUUAGUGCAAAAGCAAAGGCGGACGAGAAUGGUGGACACGCCGCUGCUCUUGAUGCUAGGGUCGCUGACGAUAAGCCUAAGCGUGAAGGCGAGGCUGCGGCCCACGAGGGGUACAAGCGCGGGUCGCAAAGCACCGCCCACCGCCAUCCAUCAUCCGGAAGGAUUAAAAACGAGAGCAACCAAACUACUCCGCCCCCUACUGUGAAGACUGCGGCUUCGCCGCGGCGAGGAGGCAGCGCCGACGCUAGUAUAUCUUCAACGCGGAGCAAGAACAACAAGCCUUCCAAGCAGCCAAGGGUCACCUCUUCAACGUCAUGCGUGAGAAAGAAUAAGAAGCUUUUCCUUGUCACCAAGUUUGUCCUCGCCAUCACUCUCGCCCUCGGCGUCUCUUUCGCUCUAUUCGCCGACCCACCGACAAAAAAAACUACCCGCGCAGCGUUCGCUCAGUAUCUGUCCGACUCGAAAGAGUAUGUCGUCGCGAAGUCGCGCGACGCGCAAGAGAAAAUGCGCAAGCUCUCCCAGGACGGCCUUUACCGCGUGUUCAAAAGCACGUUCCCGGACUUGGGCCAGCGGACACUGUUCCUGCUAGGGAACAUGGCCGAGGAGAUCAAAGUGCGGGUGGCAAGAACGAUAGAAGCCGCGAAGGCAGUAAUAGGCGCGAGUAGCAGGCGGUGAGGACGACGAGCACCUGGUGCCCCAAUACUAGUACUUCUUUCACUUCUUAGCAUUCAAUACGUACAUCGAAAACGAUACAACUCCAACCCCUGGUGGUGGUGGUGGUGGUGACUGUAAGUAUGUCCGCAUGAUCCAUGUGCAAGUGCACAACCCGCGGGAUGUACUUGUGGAUCCGAAGAAGUGGUAGAGCCGCACACAGGAUCAUUUGAUUUUGAUUUGGGAAUAAUUUCGAAGCAGUUAGCCG